AUGGCUGGAGUACACCAGUGGACGAGGCAAGAAAAGUUCAAGCGCGGCAUCUGGGCCGUAGCUUUCGCCGCUUGCAUUUUCGCCGGCACAAUCACAGGCGCGCAAUUAAAGACGGACAAUGAAAAGAAGGAGGCCAUCAAGGAGUUUCGCGCAACGUCACCAAAUGACCAGAUAGCCGCUCUCCUGUCACAACGGCAAGCUCUAGUCUCACAAAAAGAGAUUCUGCAACGGAAAAUGGACGCAUUCCAAGAACGUGUCAAGGAGAGGGAAGCCGAAAAGGCAAGAAAGGAAGCGAAUCCUUGA